AUGGGUGAUAGAUUGGAGGUGGUGGUACAUCAUGGGGGGUGGUUUGAAGAGUUUGAUCACAAUGGGUAUGUUGGAGCAGAUGUAAGUUGGUUUGUUGAUGAAGAUUAUUUUUCGUAUUUUGAGUUUGUUGGAGAGAUUAAGAAGAAAUUGAAAUACCCAAGUAUAGACACAAUGUGGUUUUAUGACCCACAAGAUGUAAAUGAGUUGGUUUUGUUGGAGGAUGAUAUGGAUGCAAAUAGAAUGAAAAAUAUAGCACGAAUGGAUGGAAGAGUCCACCUGUAUCUUAUGCAUCCAAUGGCUGAGCCUGAAUUCAUUGAAGCGAUUGAAUAUGGGCCUAUUGAGGGGGUAAAUGAAAAUGGGCCUGCAGAGGGAGUAAAUGAAAAUGGGCCUGCUGAGGGAGUAAAAGAAAAUAGGCCUGUUGAGGGAGUAAAUGAAUAUGGUCCAACUGAUGACUUAAAUGAUAAUGGGCCAAGUGAGGGAGUCAAUGAAACUGGCCCAACUGGCCCUACCGAGGGAGAUAAGGUUGGCCCUACUGCUGAAAAAGGGAAAGGUGUGAGAAUUGAUGAUGAUGUUAUUGAUGAUUUAUUAAAUGAAGUUGAGUAUGAUGAAGACAGUGAAGAUAGUGCCCUGGGAAUACACUUUGAUGAUUCAGAAGAAGAUUGUUUGCUUGAAGAUAACUUUGAGACUGUUGCGGAUGAGACUGUUGUGGAUGAAAAUGUUGUUGAUGAACCUGUGACCAAGGGAAAGGGAAAGAAAGGUAAGAAAGUGAGGCAAGAGUGUAAUGUUAGCAAACCAACAAGCAAGAAGGGAAGACCAAAAAAGAAGAAUAAUAACUCUAAUAUAUAUACUGUUGUUCAAGGUGCACAACAAACUGCACAAGGUGAUGAGUUAUUUGAAGAAGAUGUUGGGAAUAUUGACAAGAGUAAAUAUAAAGCCUUUGUUGGAGGAUUGAGUGAUAUUGAGGAUUAUAAUAGUGAGGAGCUAGAUAGUGGAAGUGACAGUGACAUUGAGAAUGAAGUUGAGGAUAGUGAGGAUGAAGAUGAGCAUGACACAGAAUGGCCUAGUAAUUACAAAUUGCCAACCUUUAAGAUGCCAUCAUCAAUGAGAGAUUAUAAGUGGGAGUCGGGAAUGUACUUUGCUUGUAAACAAGAGUUUCAAGAAGCAAUAAGAUGUUAUGCAAUCCAGUCUCAAAGAGCUAUUAAAUAUAAGAAGAAUGACAAGAAGAGGAUAAGGCUGAUUUGUAAAAGUGGUUGUGUAUGGAAUGCUUACUGUUCACAUAUUCCAGGGCAAGAAACUUGGCAAUUGAUGUUUGUUAAAGAUGAGCAUAAGUGUAAUAGGGAACCUAAGGUCAAAAUGCUUAGUGCCAAAUGGUUGGGAAAAAGAUUACAUAAGAAGGUUAAAGAGAAUCCCAAUUUGAAAUUGAUUAAUAUUAUGGAGAAAACACAACAAAAAUGGAAUUUAAAGAUAUCUAAGAGCAAAGCAUCUAAAGCCAGGGGUAUUGCUUUUGAUUUAGUAGAUGGGUCAUUUAGAGAACAAUACACUAGGUUUUAUGACUACUCCCAUGAAUUACUAAGAUCAAACCGUGGUUCAACAGUUAUAGUCACUACUACACCAUUUCAAGGUGAUGAGGCUGACUUGGAACAUCCUGAAAGGCCUUUGUGUCCACAUUUCCAAAGGGCUUACAUUUGUUUCAAGGGAUGUAAGGAAAGUUUUUUAAUUUGUAGGCCAAUAAUUGGUUUAGAUGGGGCAUUUCUUAAAGGAUAUUAUGGUGGUCAGAUACUAGCUGCAAUUGGAAGAGACCCUAAUGAUCAAAUGCUACCCAUUGCAAUUGCUGUGGUUGAGGGUGAAACAAAAGAGACUUGGAAAUGGUUUUUGGAGCUGUUAACUAAUGACUUAGGAGGCACAAGAGCUUGUUCUUUAAUCACUUUCAUAAGUGACCAACAAAAGGGACUACUUCCAGCAAUGGAUGAGUUACUUCCAGGUGUUGCCCACAGAUUUUGUGUCAGACACUUGUACAACAAUUUCAAAAAGAAAUUUCCUGGAAAGAAAUUAAAGGAAUUGAUGUGGAAGGCUGCAAAUGCAACUUAUGUUAAUGCAUGGCAUAGGGAGAUGCAAGAGAUCAAGACUAUAAAUAUUGAGACAUUGGAGCAAAUCAUAUUUCACACCUGA